CAACUUUGCUGUAAAAUUCUGGAAUUAUAAUCCAACAAAGCAAUUUUAUCAAACUCUGGUAUAAAAUUGUGUGGGAGGUAGAUCAGUUGAAUGCAUAAAGAAAAAUACAGACAACUUUGCAAUUUUUAAAGGAUGUGUUAAACUGUUCUAAAUUGGACUGGACCAUGAAAUAGAAAUGUGUCACCCUUAUCCAUGAUAGCUAUGUCUUACCUAAAAAGGGGGAAUUUUCAGCCAAAAAAGUAGUUGAUGGGGAGAAGUCCAUAGUAGGACCUUAGAGGAAGAUUCAGUGACAGGGUAAGAUAUUUUUAAAGCAUGGUUUCUAUAACAGGCUGCCUGUGAAUAACUCCCUCCUUGUUGUGUUGGAGACCGGUCUGUUUGGGCACCCCUUCCUUACCCAGGAAAAAGGUGGGCAGUAAUGCAAGGCAGACAGUCAUGAUUUAAUCCAGCCCCGUGCCCCCUCUCCCUCAUCUUCUCCUUCUCCCCUCCUUCCCAGCCUGUGGUUAAAGAAGUUACAUGAAGUCAUCCUCUGCAGGUUCCUUAAAACAAAAAACAAAACCAAAGGGGGAGGGAGGGGAAAAAAAUCUGAAAGUAAUUGAUCGUGGGGAGGGAAGGAGCACACCAAAGCCAAGAUUUCCUGUUCAGCGAGGCUGCAGAAAGAUAUAAAAAGAGGCUUUUAACAUGCUGCUGACAGUCUUUGCAAGCUUGCAAAGGGAGUGGAGCCUUCUCUACAUUUGUCUGCUUAACUUCCCAGAUCCCUGAGGGUUUUAAAGCCACCGCAAUGAACAAGUUCCUGUACUGUACACUUGUGCUGCUGGACAUUUCUGUGAAAUGGACCAUCCAGGAAACCCCUACUCUAAAGUACUCCCAUUAUGACCCUAUGACUGCCCGUCAACUGAUGUGUGACCAGUGCCCUCCAGGAACCUACGUUCAGCAGAAUUGUACGGCUUCCUCGAAGACUAAGUGUUCUCCCUGCCCAGAUCAGUACUAUGCUGAUGACUGGAACAGCAAUGAAGAAUGCCAGUAUUGCAAUGUGGUAUGCAAUGAGCUUCAGUAUGAGAAGGUUGAAUGCAGCCGCACCAAAAACCGGGUUUGUGAAUGUGUUGAAGGACGGUACCUUGAACUGGAAUUCUGCCUGAAGCACACUGCAUGCCCCCCUGGCUUUGGUGUUGUUCAACAAGGUACUCCUGAAAGGAACACGGUUUGUGAGAGUUGCCCAGAAGGCUAUUUCUCCAAUGAAACAUCAUCCAAAGCUGCCUGCCAUGAACACACCAACUGCAGCGCAUUGGGCCUCAAAAUGGCAAAGAAGGGCAAUGCCACCUGUGACAAUGUGUGUCAGGGAGAAAGGACUGACAAAUCAGAACAGCACUGUGCAAUUGAUAUAACCUUAUGUGAGGAAGCAUUCUUCAGGUUUGCUGCUCCUACAAAAGUCCCACCUGGCUGGCUGGAUACACUCAAGGACAGUCUGCCUGGUAUGAAAGUCAAUGCAGAAAUUGUUGAAAGGAUUAAACAAAGGCACAGUUCUCAGGAACAGACCUUCCAGCUGCUGAAAUUGUGGAAGCAAAAGAACAAAGAUCACAAGAAUGUUAUUCGAGGAAUGGAUCUUUGUGAAAACAGUGUUUUGAAACAAAUUGGCCAUCUCAAUAUAACCUCCGAGCAGCUUGUCAUCCUGAUGGAGAACUUACCAGGGAAAAAAGUAGGGAAAGAAGAAACAGAGCACACUCUGAGGAUGUGCAAAUCCAGAGAUCAGAUCCUUAAGCUCCUCAACUUGUGGAGAAUAAAAAAUGGAGACCAAGACACUAUCAAAGCCCUGACAUAUGGGCUGAAGCACUUGAAAGCAUAUCAUUUCCCCAAGACAACCAUCCAAGGCCUCCGGAAGGUGGUCAAGUACCUCCACAGCCUCACAAUGUACAAAUUAUACCAGAAGCUUUUGUUAGAAAUGCUAGGAAACCAGAUCCCUUUGGUAAAAGUGAGGCGUGGAUAGUUCCAGCUAUCUGGUCUUUUAUUUGCCAUUUGCUGCUAGCAUUUAUGAUUAAAUCUGAGGAGGGGGAAUGGUUUCCUUUAUUAUGCUU